CAUAUUUUUAUGUUUAUUCGCUUAAUAUGGAACAAACAAACAGACCAAAUGAAAAAAAUGGCCAUUUCACUGACAUACAACACACAUGCAUCACAUCAACUUUCCCAUAUAAAUCAACAACAACAAAUUCAAUGUCGCUCCGUUCGUUUUUCACUUGUUUUCGUUUCCAAACAAGCCUUUUUAGGGUUGAUCCCCCUUAUUAACUAACUAAACAACGAUUAUAUCCCCCAUUCAUAUCCACAAUCCAUUGAUCAUCAGGAUGAUGUUGUUGUAGUGUCAGUGUUUGCGUGUAGUGUAUGUGUUUUAUCGUCAUCAUCAUAAAUAACAAAAAAACGAAAAUGAAAUCGUUUGUCACAAUAUUGUUCAUCAAUAGUUUUGCUAUGAUAAUAGCGUUUCCAUUGGAACAACCAAUACAUUAUCUACCAUAUGCAUUUGGUUAUCAAACAGCCGAUGGUCAAACCAGACAGGAACAAGGUAGUCAAAAUGGUGUUAUUACCGGUUCGUUUAGCUAUACCGAUGCUAAUGGUGAUCUACGACAGGUUAAAUAUACAGCUGAUGAACAUGGUUAUCGACCUGAAGGCGAUAUCGGUGUUGAUCGUCGUACAGCUGAAACUGCUGCUGCAAUGGCUGCAUUAGCACCAAAAGGACCAGUAUCAUCAACAUCAUCAUGGGCACCAUUAUCUAAACCUUCAUUUCAAGCCUUUGAUAAAUUAAUUGCAUCACCACCCCCUGCUGCUGCUGUUCCGGCAUUCCAUGCACCAGCGCCAGCACCAGCUUCAUGGAACCAUUUUCCAGCCGCUGCUUCAACUACACAUUUUGCUCCCCCAAUCAUAGGACCAUCAGGCUAUCAAGUUGAUACGCCUACACAUAAAAUCUGGGUAAAAUAUUAGAGAGAAAAAGAUAAAAAUCCACAGAACCAAAAGAAAAAUAUUUUCCAUUGAUCUGAAUGGAAACAAGCAGAAUUUUUUUUUCUUUUGAAAUCCAUUUAAUUUGAAAAAUAGAUUUUCCAGUCCCCAUCCCUCAUUCACAUUAUCAGUUGAUUCCAUUGUUCUCGGUUUUUUUUUGCCAACACACACACACACACUAAAUUCAAUUCAAUCAUUUUAAACCCAAAGUAAACUCUUUCUCAGAUGACAAUGUAAAAAACAUUUUUUUUUUUGAAAAUGUCAACUCACUAUAAUUUCAAAAAAAAAAACUUCCGUUCA